CAGAUACUGUUUGUUUAGAAGAAGGAUGACAUUUAACUAGGAUUUAAAACUAGGUUUAGUGCAGUUUAGAGUUCAUGGUUAUGGAGGCCAAAGUCUGAUUGAUGAGAUUAGAUCCAAUACUUUAGUUAAUGGACAGUCAGCCGUGUGUGUGAGUGUGUGUGUGUGUGUGUGUGUGUGGUUGACAUGGAUUUGAUCAGGGGACAGGUCGGGCACUGAUAAAGACGGUAACUAGCUAGUAAAGGAGUGCACAGGGAAAGACGAUGAUGGACAUCAGGCGACGGACAGGUGAAGAUGACAGCUGUUAUUGAUUAAAUUACACUUUUUAUUUUUGCCUUUGACAGAGUGUGAAUACCACAUUGACUCCAAGAUUCUGCAGAAACCAGUUGAUCUGCGUGGGCAUCUGAUCUGCACAGAGCAUCAUACACUCACAUAAUCUGUAGGCCGGCCAGGUGUAAGCUACAGGUUUAGGCACAGAUGCGUAUAGAUGUCUCAGAUGUGACAGGGGACAGACGGACAGAGGGACAGGUCCAGGCUAACAAACAGGUAUUGGUGAUGGAGGAGAGAGGGCAGGUAUCAGACAGAGACCCCUGGCCAGUGGCCCCAGAGGUCAGAGAGAUGGGGGUUAAGGGACCCAGCUUUAAGCCCCAAGUGGAGUGGGUGAAGCAGACACUGAGGAUGACGAACCCCCUGGUUCGGGAGUGUUUGGGAGAGCUGAUGGGAACCUUCGUUCUGCUGAUGUUUGGCUGUAGUGCAUCAGCCCAGGUGAAGACCAGUAGAGAGACUAAAGGACAGUACCUCUCAGCCAACAUGGCCUUCUCUGUAGGGGUCAUGUCUGCCAUGUACCUCUGCAAGGGGGUCUCAGGAGCCCAUCUGAACCCAGCGGUCACUCUGAGUUUCUGUUCGUUGGGCAGGGUGCCCUGGGUGAAGCUGCUCCCAUACUCUCUGUGUCAGGUGCUGGGAGCUUACCUGGCCUCUGGCCUGGUCUUCCUGGUCUACUAUGAUGCUAUCAUGGACUUCAGUGGAGGGAAUUUGACAGUGUACGGGGCAAAUGAGACGGCAUCCAUCUUUGCCACCUAUCCCGUAGAGCACCUAUCUCUCAGCAGCAGCAUCCUAGACCAGGUGGUGGGCACUGCCAUGUUGAUGCUCUGCAUCCUCCCAUUGGACGACCAGAAGAAUAGUCCUGCCCCCGACGCUCUGAUCCCGCCCAUCGUUGCCGUGGUGGUCCUGGGGAUCGGCAUGUCGAUGUCGUCCAAUUGCGGAGGAGCGAUAAAUCCCGCCCGUGACUUGGGGCCACGCCUCUUGACACUGACCGCCGGCUGGGGCACUGAAGUGUUCACGUGUUAUAACUACUGGUUCUGGGUUCCCCUGACGGCUCCUCUGCUGGGAGGGAUGGUGGGCUCUGGGAUGUAUCUGGUCUUCAUCGCGUGGCACCUGCCCGACCUUCCAACGAACCCCCCCAUAGAUAGCCCCUCUACCAAACCCACCGCAGAGGUGUGGAAGCAGCCCCCAGCACCAGAGAAGGAAGGGGUGGAGUUGAAAACUGCCGUUUUCUAGAUAGGGUAGAGACAUUCAGGCCUACUGUUGAAGUGAGAAUGUGCACAGUGAGCGGGAAUCUUUUCAUUUUAAUCACUGAAUUCCAACUGACUUCGAAGAGACUCCAACCCCCCACUGGGCAAAAACUGGUUGAAUCAACGUUGUUUCCAUGUCAUUUCAACCCCAAAAAAUCAAAGGGAUGACAUUGAAUCAACGUGAAAAACUGAUUGGAUUUGCAAAAGGUCAUCAACAUAAGGGCAUUUAUCUUUUUUUCUACCAACUUUUCACCUAAAUCCAAUGUUGUUGAAUUCACAUUAGUUGACAACUCAACCAAAUGUAAAUCAAAACUAGACAUUGAACUGACUUCUUUGCCCAGUGGGGAGACAUUUUUCUCUGGCUGGCUGUUUCCUAUAUGAGAAGGGACAUGCUAACAGACUGAUGGGAGAACAUCUGUCCAAGACUCCCCUCCUAUCAUAUUGUUCUAUUGAGAUGCUGCUGCUGAUUGAAGAUCAUGUGUAUAUAUUAGUAGAGAGCUUCUAUGACACACAGCUAUGAAAGGAGAAAUUGAUAUUAUGAUUAGAGCCUUCUGAUUGUUUUUUUUGUGGGUUUUAUCUUUGACAGGUAUUUCCAGCAUUAGCAACUGGGUUUGCUGCAGGCAGAAAUCCAAGGAAAAUGCUCUUUAAUUGACACAAGCUGUCUACAAUCAAUCAUUCAAUGUCUGAAUGUGAGUGAGUGACUGUUAUGGGGGGGCUAAGCUAGGUGAGGCGUAUCUCUACGAAACGUAAUUGCACAAAGCCUAUUAUUUGGCAGGGAAUACUAUUUGUACACUGAACAAAAUGUUUAAUGCAACAUGUAAAGUGUUGGUUCCGUGGUUUAUGAGCUGAAAUAAAAGAUCCCAGACAUUUUCCAUAUGCACAAAAAGCGUAUUUCUCUCAAAUGUUGUGCACAAGUGUUGUGCACAAGCUUUACAACCCAGGACCCCCACAUCUGGCUUCUUCACCUGCGGGAUUGUCUGAGACCAGCCAACCAGACAGCUGAUG